CCGACUGACGAUAGCCUAUAUAAGCGACCGCUACACACUAGUUUAAGCCCAGUUGGAAUUCGUUCUCAGUGCCGACUUGUAGUCUGUAUCAUCAUGCGCAAGGUCCCGCAGUCGUUUAAAGUGUUGCUCCUUUUUGGUCUUAUACUUGGCCAGCAUGUGACCGACGCAGCCCUAAAGUUUAAAGGAAAAAGGAGAGGUGGACAGGCCAACCACGGACUUCAGUUGGGGGGUAAAAGAUACAAAAGUGGAUCCCAUGGAAGUGCAAGUGUUUCAAAAGUGUUAGAAGGAACCUCUCCAGUCCUCGCCCCUCAGCCAUUAACAGCUUAUACGUCAUCAAAAGUACAUCUCGCAUCGGUUCCUAUUAUGGCACUUCCAUCUCCACAUUACUCUCGAACAGGAUAUGAAAUUUGGAACGCUGGAACAGAAGGAAGUGACCAUGGAAGAGCAAUAUGGCAUAGUGGCAAUCCUCGUCUAUACGGUCCUUCUACUUACGGCCCACCGCGUGUGCAUCUUACGCCUGAAGAUCUCAUCAUCCGACCUGAGGAACCCAGUUCUUGGCACGCUGAAAGAAUAAGUAAUGCAAUAAUAGAUAGCCCAUCGAUUAGAGGGCCGACAGGUAGCCAUCACCUGGAUACAGAACCCAUCGCUCCAGGUGGGCAAAACAAAGUAGGCAAACUGCUUGCCCUAGCAAUUGCCUAUUCAUACGGUGUACCGACACUUCCGAAGAUCAAGAGUUUGCUGGAGGAGGAUAUGUAGAAAUGAAACAAGUCCCUGGAUUGUGGGAAACCCAGCAGCAUCAGUGAUACAUUUUCUCGUUCACUCCAGUGAAAGAAUUAAGAAGAAAUAAGGUGUGAAAAUGUAACAGUUUAUUUCUCAGCUGGUCCAAAAGAUUGAUUUUCUUGUCUUCUAUUUAUAUUUUUAUUUCCCAGUUUUAUGUUGUAAUAAUUUAUCAACUCCCAUUGUAGAAAAAUUUCAGCUACAGUCUCACACUUAUGUAUUUUUCCUGUCUUGUAUCAACGCCAGUAGCAUGACGAGUUGAUGACUAGUAACGGAUCUUCGUUUUCUGUUAACUCUACAAAUUCAAUAUUCCGUUACCAAUUUUCCCAUCCAACAGUUUGAAACUUUUUGUUCUCAUCAUCAUUUAUGAAGCUUUUUCUUGUUAUAGCAUAUGAUUGCUGUUGUUGUUUGUAAUAAUAGAGAGCUUAUCAACUUA